AUGGCUGAGAAAAAUAAAUGCCAAACUUGUAAUAAAGUUACCGGAGCAAAGGACAUACUACAUUGCAGAUUUUGUUGCUCAGCAGCUGUCCAUUGGAGAUGUAUUGGCAUGUCUGAUUCAACUAUGAAGGAGCUCCAGCAACCUAAUAAUUUUGUAUGGAUGUGCAACAGUUGCAUUGGGCAAAUUGAACUAUUCAGAUUAAACAGUCAACUGAAUGAGAUGUCUGUUGAAAUAAGGAAGUUACAGGAGAGCAAUGCCAAAAUCAGUGAUCAAGUUAACUAUAUACAGGACAAACUUGACAGUGGUGAAAUUGAUAAUAACUUUGGUGACAAAAUAACGACACUCCAGGAGAAUCUGAAGAAAUCUUAUGCAGAUACCCUGAAGGAUGUGGUAGUCGCAGACGUUGUGAAGGUUAAUAACAGGGUAACUAACAUGAACGAUGGUAUCCAAGCAUUAAAGGUGGAGGUCAUAAAGACGAAGGAAACAAUUCAGUCCAUCAGUGAAAUUGAGGAAAGAUCAUGCAAUUUGAUAAUCUUUAGAUUGAAAGAAAAUGUUGAUCUGAGUGUUAGUGAUGGCAGAAGGGAGGAUGAUGAAAACAUUUCACGUAUCCUUGGAACAAUAUUAAAGGACAAAGUUGAUAAAUUUGAUGUUGUUAAACAGUUUAGACUGGGCAAAAAAACCGAGAAAACCAGACCGCUGCUUGUCAGGCUGAAGUCUAAGUCUUUGAAAAAUUUGAUUAUGGAAAACUUGUCAAAUCUGAAGAAUCUUGAUGAAGAUUUGAGGGGGAUCAGCGUCGGGCAUGACUUGACAAAGGAGCAGAGAAAUGAUUGUAAAAAACUGAUUGAGACUGCAAGAGAAAAGGAUAAAGAUAGAGCAGAUAAACAGGAUUUUGUAUACCGAGUGACUGGGGAACUGGGGAACUGGAGAAUAAGACGACUACCAAAGAAAUCGACUUUUGCGAUAUCUAUAUUAUCCAAGUUUAAUGUAAUUUUUGGUUUAAUCUCUGAAGGAUUGGAUAUAUUUGUUGUUGCAGAGACCUGGCAUGGAUCUUCUGACAGCCUAUCAGUGGGAUUAUCGUUGCCUCCGGGUUAUCGUUUUAUAGAUGCGGUUAGGGCUGGUGAUCCUUUCCAUGGAGGUUUGAUAAUAUUUCUUGGACCGUCUUGCAAGUAUAGACGGAUUGUUGUGCCUACAGUCACUACGUUUGAGGUUUUAGCAGUUAAACUUAUUAUUGAUCGACAGGAUUUUAUAUUAUUGGCUGUGUAUCGACCGGGUUCGGUUCAACCUUUGGUGCUGUUUUUUAAAGAGUUAACGGUUGUUCUUGAUAGUAUAACGGUUUUGAAUUCUAGGAUAGUACUGGCAGGAGAUUUCAACAUUCAUGUUGAAAGAGGUAGUGACACUCACGCGGCGACUCUGGGGGAUAUAUUUGAAAAUUAUUGUUUAGUCAAUCACACAAAGGAACCAACUCAUAUUCUUGGUGGCACACUUGAUCUAGUGGUCACUUCAGUAGAUUUUCCAGUUAUAGACUGUUCGGUCCAUCCUAGUGGUAACAUAUUAGAGCAGCACGUUCAAACGUGUGUGGCCAGGAGUGCAACAGGACUGACUUUCACUCUCAUUUCAUCUUCAUAA